AUGAGUUAUGAAGCGGUUCUUGUGCAGCUAGAACCCGGCGCACAAGAAGGCCAACCGGAUGUGCAGACGACAUUUCGCAUGCUGAUUCGACCAUCGAGCGCCGGCGCCUCGUCGAAUAUCAAUGCGAAUCCGACCACCGUCUCGGCAUCGACAAACCCGAUGCCGACGACGAAUGGAGCAGCGGCGCCGAGAUUUCAACUUUAUGCCAUUAAUGCCCCGCAAAUCCCAUAUACGCCAGGUGCAAAUGCCAGUCUACCACCAGUGCCUGCGGCUCGAUCCUCAGGGCCGACAAAACUCGUUUUUCGCGGAUCUGGUGCACCGAAGAACCUGAUAAAAGUGGGCGAAGUGCCGGUGACGAUCGCGCGAAACAUGUUACAGAAUGGGGCGUAUGCUUUUAAAAACGGACAACUGCCCGUUACAACGAUAAACCCCCAAAUGAUCAUUGCAAAUCCGGCGAUGAAAGCGGUAACAACGGCACCGAAACAACAACAACAACAACAACAACAACAACAACAACAACAACAACAACAACAACAACAACAACAACAACAACAACAACAGAUCCGCUAUCAAGUGGGCGGUCGAUCGGCGUGGGUUGGAAUGAAUGGCAAUGGUGGAAUCGAUCUGUCGACCACUCCCGAUUCGGGAAUCCAAUCUGUGCCCGGCACUCCAAAUGCCGAGGUUCUCUCUCCUCCAACAACUGAAUUGUUGAACAGCUUCUCCGAGGAUAUCAGUGAAGAGAACGAGUCUUUUGACGAUAUGCCACUUUUGAUCCCAGCGAAUCAAGAAGAGAAUUUGUUAUCGUUGUUGAGCGAGAGCCUCCCACAACAAAUGAGCUCACGGAGUGUCGAUGAUUCAGUCGAAUCGGCAGUUCACGGCUCCGAGUGUGAGCAACCGACGAGCGGUCCCUCGUCACAUCAUUCAAUAAACAUCUCACCGAAUAUGGAUCCACAGGAAAUCGCUGAGAUCAUUGCUCAGAGAAUGGACCCAGAAAAGGUGAAAACCCUGACGAAUCUGAUGCGAAAAAAAGCAAAGCUUGUCUCGAAGGAACCUGCAAAUGAGACAUUCGAUUGGUCGGUGAAAAAAGAGGGAAAGGGAUCAAUGAUAGGAACGAAAAGAAGUCGACCAUCGAGUGGUGGAAGUGAGGAAACGAGAAGGAGUGAAGAAGAGGGGAUGGCUGCCUUCAACAAGAUUGAUGUGAAACAAGACAUUGCUCAGGAGCCGCUCAGCAAAGCGCCGAAAAUUGAAAUACAAAAGAAACGCCAACGCCAAGCGGAAAGCGUCGAUCGUGAGUCGAAUAGUCGGGCAGAGAUUCAGAACAAUGAAGAUGAAGAGAAACCGUCGACGAGCAAGUGUCAAGAGGUCGACAAUGAAGUGAAUGAUCUGCCAACGCCCAUCAAUGAACGCAUCAUCGAGUACAGAAAAGCGGCAAGAGAUCAAUUCAAUCAUUGUGUUGACGAGCUUUGGCUGAGGAUUGGAGCAGAGUUGAAGAAUUUGAGGAUAAACGAGAAAAAGAGAGAAACGCCGGCGAAAAUGAACAAAUUCCCGAUCAGAAUCAAAUGGGAUGAGAUCGAGAAGAAGUUGAAGAGAGAAACGAAAGAGAUUGAAGAGAGAAAAGCUGUGAAACAAGAACUUCUGAAGAAGAAAAAAGUGGUGGAAAUUGUGGAAGAAGUGAAAGAAAUCAAAGAACUCAAAGAAAUCAAAGAAAUCAAAAAACUCAAAGAAAUCAAAGAAAUCAAAGAAAUCAAGAAGGAAUCAAAAGCAGGUCUUGGUCGUCCAGCAAAGAAUGGGAAACUGAAAGAAGUGAAGAUUCGAUUGCCAAGAUCCGAGCCAAAGAGAGACAGAAGUGGGACAAGAGACACAACAUUUGUAGCUGAUGGAUAUCAACACUUGGCAACAAGCACAGCCUUCGAGGGUGGUCGAGUUCCUGGAUGGAGUCAUCCACCGCCGAACACUUCAUGUGGUUGCAAGAAAGACUGCGGGGAUUUGUGUCUCUAUCGUCUCAUUCGAAUCCAGUGCACCAGCUCGUGUCAAGCCGAGAAUUGUCACAACAAGCCUUUCCUCAACCCAUGCGAUGAUCUCUAUACAAAUGAGAAAUCUCAAAGCAAAUCAAAUCAUCAUCAAAAAGAGGCCGAAAUUCAUCUAUAUUCUCGAAGAAGAAUCCAUUCUGGAGCAUUUGUGUGUGAGUUCGCUGGCGAAGUGAUCAAUCAGAAGGAAAUGGAAAAAAGGAUUAAAAACGAGUAUUCGGAUAAAACGAUACGAGCCUUGGCGUUGUGUUCGCGGAUAUUUGUUGACGCGACUUUGAAGGGAAAUCUCGGCCGCUUUGUCACUCACUCGUGCACCGCAAAUGCUGAAUUUCAAGUGUGGCUUGUGAAUGGUCGCCUCAAAGCGGGAAUCUUCGCUAGAGAUGAAAUCGAUAAGGAUACAGCGAUUACGGUUUCCUUUUCUCGACAAUCCCCAAUCGAAUGCUUGUGUGAAUGCAAGAAAUGUCUCUCGCAAGCCGCCACUUCUCCAGUUUACAAUAAAGCUGCUCGGAAUCCUCAUUUAGCAAUGGCUGACGAUAUUUGCAUCAAGGAAGAGAGCAUCGUUCAAAAGGAGCGCUUAUUCUUGCUUAGAAAUCGGGCUCUUUCGGUGAAUCGAGCCGUUUGGAAUGGAGCGCCGAUUCGUUUACUGGCAGUGGAUCGAGUGGGUAAAGGGUCGAGGAAUGCAAUGAGACAUGUCCUUCAAUUGAUCGCGAGACGUGCCCGUUAUCCAGACGGAUCAAUGCCAUUGAGGCUACUAAAAUACUACUCAAAGUGCAUCGAAUCUCUCCGUUUUGGCGCUGACAAACGAACGUUCAUCGAGCAUCUGAAAGAAUUCUCCCGAGAAUCGAAUUGCUCAAAACUUCACAAAAAACUCAUCGAUUGUUACUUGGGCAAAAAGGCAAUCACCUCCAGAAUGGAGAUAAAAGAAGAGAUAAAAGAGGAGAAAGACGAGGUGAAGAGCGAGGGAUCACAAAGGGAUGAGAAGCCAAGGAAGCGAUUGUCUGGAGUGAAUUUCGAGUAUCUGCAAUGCGAUCAAUUGAUCGGCUCUUAUGACCCAGACGAUGCUUGGCCAACGGGGAAAGCAAAUGAAUGCGACGAUGCGAUUCGAUGCAUUUGUGGAUCGUUGGAAGAAGAUGGGAAAAUGCUACAGUGUGACGAGUGUCACUACUGGCUGCACAGUGAUUGCAUUGGAAUGGAGCCGAGUGGAGAAGUGAUUGAUGUGAAACAAGAAAUUGCUCAAGAGUCGCUCAGCAAAGCUCCGAAAAUUGAAAUACAAAAGGGAGAGUACAAAUGCAAUUUCUGCAACGGAAAGAUCACCUCAAAUCGACCGUCAACGGAUGUUAUCUUAAAGAAUCAACCCGAAGUGAGCUUUCCCGGCUGUACCUAUUUUAAGGCGCUCGUCAACGAGUACGGGAUCCAGAUUCGAUUAAAUGAAAGCGUUUACGUGGAGAAAUUGACGGGUGAUGAGCACAAAAAAUCCCUAAGAAAGUCUCUCGAACAAUCGGAAGCGGAUAACGAAAAGAAAGUGAAAAGAACACUGAAAAUAAAGAAGCCCUCCUCACAACUUCCAAUCCGAGAGUUCUCACGUCAAAAUGUUGGCAUCAUGCGGGUGGAGCGGUUGAUCUUGACGAGCGAUGGGAAGAGAUGGAUCUUCGGUUUCUAUUAUGCCCGUCCACACGAGACAUUCAAGGAUCCGACGAGGAAAUUCCAUCCAAAUGAGGUGCUCUCCACUCAAAUGUAUGAUACAUUGCCAUUAAAUGCAGCGGUUGGGCGAUGUUCGGUGCUGAAAUCCUCAAUCUGGACAGAGGGAUACCCAUCGAUUCCACGACUUUUGGAAAAAGACAUUCUCUUCUGCGAGUUCGAGAUGCACUCGAAGACUCGAAUCAUCAAGAAAUUGCCUAGAAAUCAGCACUAUUUCGUUAAUCAACAUCCAUAUGCUUUCAUAAAGUUUCCCGAGAAGCGAAACAUUGAGAGAAGAUUACAGCCAUUCUCCUCUUCAAGUUCAAUAAAGAUCGUUGAUGAGAAGAAAAUGGAAAAAAUGGAAGAGAGCACAAAAGAAAAGAAGCUUCAGGCACCAAAAGGCUCACCACGCUUGGACAGACUCGUCGAUCGACUCAAGAUCGACUCAAUCAACGCAACAAUGACC